AUGAUUGCGGCGGCAGAGGUUGAGACUGAAAUUGAGAGUCCGUGUCCCGAGACUGUCAAGCAACGUCACAAUCACGACGGUCACGUUGAGGGCAACGCACUUCUCAUCAACCGAGAUGGAGAGGUUCGUAAGAUCCCGGUUCCAUCCUCAGAUCCGAAUGAUCCCCUCCGCUUCAGACCUUGGGAGAAGUACGGCAUUGUCUUUUGCUGCUGCUGGUUCUCUAGCAUGGGCUUGUCGAUUGCAAGUGGCCUUGGUGCAAUUUUGCAUGAAUUCUUCGCGAUGUAUGGCCCUCAGGGAUAUUCUUCCGAAGAUAUUGUUCUCUUAAUUACCAUCCCAACCUUGUGCAUUGGUCUCGGCAACUACAUCAUUCUUCCUCUCGCCCUGGCAUAUGGUCGACGCCCGGUAUUCUUAGGAUUCAUGGUUAUCCUGCUGAUAGCAACUAUCGCUGCCGCUUUGCAAAAUAGCUAUAAUGGACAUCUUGCUGCCCGGGUGGUUCAAGGCUUGGCCACGGGUGCCUCGGAGUCGCUUCUCCCGCUGAUGCUCACUGAAGUAACCUUUCUCCAUGAGCGCUCUAAGAUCUUUGGCCUUUACUGGAUGGCACAAAACGCGAUAUCCUCAACUAUCAACUUAACCUCGUCAUACUUGAACCAUGACCUGGGAUGGCGUUGGUAUUACUGGGUCUUCGUAAUCACUGUUGCCGUCGGACUGGUCAUUGCGUUCUUUUUCGCUUUCGAGACACAAUUCACUCGCCAGCCCGAGUCGCUGGAUGGACAAGUCGUAAUCACGGACGAAUUUGGUGUCACUCGUGUCAUUCCCGACUCCGAAGCCCAGGCGUACCUUGAGGAGAUGGACCGGUCUGGCCUCACGGUUCCGGGAGCCAAUCAAGCGACUGAUUCCUUCGAGAAAAAGUCGUUUUUGCAGCGCAUCAAACCUUGGUCAACACCACAUCCCCAGCCGAUGCGGGUUAUGGUCUUGAGUUGGAAGCACAUGGCGGAAUCAUUCUCGUCCCCGGGGAUAAUUUAUGCAGUGCUGACAUCUUCAAUUGCUCUUGGCUGCGGUGUUGGCAUGUCACUAACCUACAACACUGUUCUGGUGACGAACUAUCACUGGAAGUCGGAGGAUGUUGGGCUGAUCAAUGUUGGCGGCGUCAUUGGCGCCGUUCUCGGAAUGUUGUUCUGCACAUUCGUCGGCAAUCCCUUGGUCAUAUACCUCGCGCGCCGGAAUCGAGGCGUACACAUCCCCGAACACCACUUGGUCGUGUUGGUCUUGCCUGCUAUCGUCGGUGUCGGAAUGCUAUUAUUCUAUGGCUACACGGCAUCAGGAGGCUACACAUGGUGGGGUCCUUACAUUGGAUGGACCAUCUUCCAGUAUUCCUUUACCUCCGUUCUUAUCAUUUCCACCAGCUUUGCAUCUGAAGCCGCACCUAAACACCCCGGGCCGGCACUGGUCGUGGUGGUGGGAACGAAGAAUGUGGUCUCUUUCGGUGUGACGUAUGGAUUGACUCCCAUGGUUGAGAAAUGGGGCUAUCAGACCGCUUUUGGUGUGUUGGCCGGUAUUUUUGGCUUCAUUUUUCUACUCGGUGUUCCUGUAUACCUCCUUAAUCCGAGAUGGCGUGCUUACAUGUCGGAAAGAGAAAGCAGAACCUAGAACCGUGUCGGUGCUUGAGAUAACCCAUGGC